AUGGCAGGCUCGCCUACCAACCUCCUGCCCGUGAUCCAUUUCAUGGCCAAUUUCUGCUUUGCUUUCGGCGAGGGCAGUGCACUGCUUCGGAUCUGGACCAAGGCCGUUGUUCUCAAGUCGUACGGAUGGGAUGAUUUUGCAAUGACCAUAGCUGCGCUCAUCAACAUCGGCCAGCAUGCUAUCUUGUACAUCUUCGUCGACAACGGUGCCGGGCUUCCCACGGCGGAGGUUAUGAAACAAGACCCGAUGAAGAUCGUAAACAUGCAAAAGCUCCUCUUUACCGAAGAGAUUUACUACGUCUUUCUGCACUUCUGCAUCAAGAUGUCCUUCCUGCUCUUCUUCCUACGUCUCUCCCCAGCGACGGGCUUCAGACGUGCGGUGUGGUCCGUGAUCGGCAUCAACAUCUUUGUCACUGUCGGUGUCUGGAUUCUCUACUGUCUGCAGUGCCAGCCUAUCGAGGCAUACUGGAACAAGGCAAAGUACCCAGAUGUGAAGUGCCUCCCCUUCGCCGUGUCUCUGUGGCUCCCUGCCUGCGCGCUCAUCGCCGUCGACUUUGCCAUCCUGAUCCUGCCCCUCACGACCAUCAUGACGCUGCAGAUGAGCUUCAAGCGCCGCCUCCAGGUCCUGGCCGUCAUCACCACGGGCGGCACCUCGGUGCUCGUCUCGUGCCUGCGCCUCAUCGUCAUCAACGAGUUCACCAAGACGCCCGACUUCACGUGGGAGGUCGGCAUCAUGAUCAUCGUGUCGGCCGCCGAGAUGGAGACGGCCAUCUUCGCCGCCAACAUGCCCGCCCUGCGCGCGCUGUGGAAGACGUGGCGCGGCGGCGGGCUCACGACCAACGGCUCGUCCCCCGGCGCCAGCAAGGGCUACAACAUGGGCGGCGGCGGCAGCAGCAACGGCCACGGCACCGGCUCGCGCGGCCACCAGCUCUCGAACCUGUUCCCGAACCGCUCGGCCCCCAAGGGCGCCGAGCGCCUCGAGGACGACUACAGCAAGACCGAGGACGGCAGCUCGACGCGCGAGCUCACGCGGCGCGCCGACUCGGACGAGGAGCUGGCGCUCAAGGACAACGGCAUGAACAAGAAGAACGCCAUCGUCGUGACGCGGGGGUACGACAUCCAGGAGCACCAGGAGGACCCGCGCCGGGGCCAGGGGCAGGAGCACACCUGGUCGUCGCCCCGCGUCAACACGCUGAUCGAAUAG